GGUCGAGUGCAUGCCACAAUGGCCGCAGCGAAUAAACAAGCGGCACAGGCCGCCGGAGUCCCUGCUCGCAGUUCUAGAGGAUCUCAGGACUCUACUAGCAAUAGCGCACGGCCAGGCCGUUCAAGAGCAAGACCUGGGACUUCGACGGGGUAUGAAGGCGCUGGAGGUGCCGAUGCCAUAUAUCCAGGUCUGGCGAUGCCCGCGAAUCAGCUUAAUCUAACUGGAUACCCUGAUCUUCCUGAUCCGUAUCUAGUACGGAAAAAAGAGCAGCGCGAAGAUGGUUCCAUUGACAGCGAAAACGGCAAUACAGGAUCCUACUCCAGAACGGAAAACACCUCAAACGGCUUCUUCUUCUACAACCGCUUAUCCUAACCGUUCCACCUCCACCUCCACACAUGGUUACAACGGUGCGCCAACUGCCUCCUCUCCAUCGUUAUCCUCUUCCUCUUCCCCUUCGCCCGUCCAAGACAUCGAGUCUUCACCCUCAUUUAAUACCGCAGGAGGAAACUUUCCUUACGACCACAUCUCACACUUGCAACUUGGUUCCGCCAGCGCUAGCGCACCUUAUCUGCCACUCGCAGGCAUACCAAUGACCCAGAGUCCAGUUUCGGAGAUGCCUCCUCCAAUGACCAUUGAACUAUCCGGUCCUGGUGGUCGGACUGUUUCCUCCCGCACUUCCCAUCCGCACCUUCAGCAUCUUCAUAUCCAACCGCAGCACCACCAACACCCUUCACAUCCAGGAAGCCCGUUCCAAUCUCCACCCCUGUCGGCAUCACAUUCUGGCUCAAGUGCCAGCGGUAGUGGAAGUGGUGGCUACUUCCCACUGGUACCGGUCGAUUCGAACGAACGACAUCGUUCGUCACAUCACCAUCACCACCAACAGCAAUCGACAUCGGUUCCUAAUUCACCAUUCGAAGCCACUUAUCAGAAUGGCAGCGGAGGUAUGAAUGGCUACGUGCAUGCAUAUUCCCAGCAACCGCAGCGUGUAACCAAUCAAGGGUAUUCUUCGUCCGGAGCGUGGGCUGCUCAAGGAACUGUUCCUAGCGCUGGAGGAGGAGCACCCGUCGGUGGAUACUGGGCAUGAGUUAUUCGUUCUUUUCCUACUGAUCUCUCUCUUUUGACUCUUUUUGGUCGCCUUGUCCUCUCCAUUCUUUUUAACUUUCGUUUUGCCUUCGUUCGUUUGCUUUCAUUCUUCCAAAUUCAUUGUUUUCUUGGGAUCUUGCAGUCAUUACUGGGCCGUUUGUAUCUAUAAUCUAAUAUUUUCCUGCGUACACGUUACUUAUCUUCGUUGCUCCUAUCAUUCUAACACGCCAUAUGUGAAUUUAUUUUCCUAUAUAUUUUUUCUUCAAACCCAUCUGUCCUCUCGUUUUUCUCGGCUUUGUGUGUACCUCUUUUUUGUCUUGCCACUAUUGCCGCUUCCCUCGUUGGCUUUGCCGUUAUAUAUACAU